AGGAGGAGAAGAAGCAGCUGUUUUUGUGGUUGGAGAGCUGAGAUUUCUCACACAACUAAUCAUGAAUUUAUGCUCCGAAAUGAUUUCACAUUGUUCCAGACAGACCUGAUCAGGUUAUUAUUAAACCUGGGAGUUCCUGUUCUGCUUUAAAGCCCACGGAUCAUGGUGAGGGAGGAGAGUCCAGAGGAGAAACCAUUUGGCUCAUCUCAUUCAGAAGAGUCGACACUUGAAUUUUAAAUGAUUUGUUGCUCUGUCUUUACACAACGAGGUUUUUCACAAUGACGUCAGCAGAAGCCAGCCUGUCCUGUACGAUGCCUCCUGUUACACCUGCACAGUCCCUGUGCAAGGCUCUACAGACAGAAACGUCUUUGACUUCAGCUAGAGGCUCUGUGCGUCACUUCAACAGUUAUGGACAAAUUAAUGGAGGAUUUGAAAAGAAACCAAUAAAAGAAGAACCUGAAGAUGAAGACUUCAGCUGUGGUAAGAUAUCGAAUUCUGAAAGACACAUCAGCUAUGUGGACCAACAGAUUGAAGAGUUUCAUGAGCUGUUUUUAAAGGAAGAACCUGAGGUUGGAAAUGAUGUCUGUGGUGAGACAUCAAGCUGUAUUGUCCAUGUGAACCUUGUGGAUGAAGAGAAAGAAUUCCAAGAAAAGCUUUUAAAAGAAGAAGAACCUAAAGAAGAUGACUUUCUCUAUUGUGAAUAUUGCAGAUCCUUCUUCAUUAACAAGUGUGAGAUACAUGGACCAGCUCUCUUCCUCCCGGAUACCCCUGUUCCAAAGGGGGUUUCAGAUCGAGCCAGACAAACACUUCCCCCUGGUCUCGAGGUUCAGGAAUCUUGUAUUCCAAAAGCAGGGCUGGGAGUGUUUAAUAGGGGGGAUACUGUUCCAGUUGGUGCCCACUAUGGGCCUUACCAGGGAGACCUGGUAGACAAAGAAGAGGGCAUGACAAGUAUCUACUCUUGGGUGAUUUAUAACAGCAGACAUUUUGAAAAAUACAUUGAUGCUAAGAGAGUGACCCAUGCAAAUUGGAUGAGGUAUGUAAAUUGUGCUCAUAAUAGUAAAGAGUCCAAUCUAGUGGCCUUCCAGUAUCAAGGGGAAAUUUUCUACCGUUGCCAUCGAUCAAUCAAACCAAGACAGGAGCUUUUGGUGUGGUAUGAAGAGAAGUACGCCAAGGCUCUUGGCAUCACUUUCAAAUUCAUCUGGAACAAAAAAUGCUCCAUAAGCGUCACUCACUCAGACUGCCCAGCUUGGAAUGGGACCAAAAAAGGUUGCAUAGGUAUUCACCCACCUGGAUCAAUACUUAUUAGAAACCCCUCUGGCUGCAGUUACAGAUUGUUUGGGAUGUGCCAAAGAACCUCACCUGGAUUCAAGUCUCCAGAAUUGAGUGAUUACUCCGUGAACUAUUUUUCCUGUUCAAUGUGUUCACUUAUCUGUACAUCUCAAAUUGACCUUCACGAACACAUCAAUAUGUGUCACUAUGAGGAAAAUAUCAGCAUGCAGAAAUUAGAACAAACUAAACAUAAAAUUUCAAACGCCACAGCAAUCUCUGCAAAUAAACAAAACCAAACUGGUACUUGUUUUGUUAAGACCUCUGACAGAAUGAAAGAGAUUUACUGUUGCUCAGAGUGUGGGAAGCGCUUUGCCGGACGAUUUCUUCUAAAACAACACCUGCGCAUUCACACUGGAGAACGUCCGUUCCACUGCUUACAGUGUGGGAAACGUUUUGCUCGACAGAGUCACCUUCAAGCACAUCAAACCAUUCACACAGGAGAGAAGCUGUAUGCGUGUUCAGAGUGUGGGAAAUGCUUUAAUCGAGAGAGUACUCUCCAACGGCACCGACUGAUUCACACAGGGGAGAAGCCGUAUCAGUGUUCAGAGUGCGGGAAGAGGUUUACUUACCAAAACGCACUCAAGCGGCACCUGCGUGUUCAUACUGGUGAGAAGCCCUAUGCCUGCUCAGAGUGUGGAAAGAGAUUUAAUUACCACAAUGCGCUCCAGCGUCAUCAGCGUGUUCAUACUGGAGAAAAGCCAUACAUCUGCUCAGAGUGUGGGAAGAGUUUUAGCCAGUCAAUUUCUCUCCAAAUCCAUCAGCUUGUUCACACGGGAGAGAAGCCGUAUGCCUGCUUAGAGUGUGGCAAGGUUUUCCUUCAACAGAAUACUCUGCAAAUCCACCAGCGCAUCCACACCGGAGAGAGGCCGUUUCGCUGUGGACAAUGUGAGAAGAGUUUUAAUCAAGACAGUGCUCUUCAACGGCACCAGCGCACCCAUACGGGAGAAAGGCCAUAUCGCUGCUCGCAGUGCGGGAAGAGUUUUGCUCGACAGUGUCAUCUCAAACGGCACGAGCACAUCCACACGGGAGAGAAGCCGUAUCAGUGCUCACAGUGUGGAAAACAUUUUAAUCGAGAGAGUACCCUCCAACGGCACCAGCACACACACACGGGACAGAAGCUGUAUAUCUGCUCAGAGUGUGGGAAGAGUUUUACACGACAGAGCAAUCUUAAAAUACACCAGCAAGUUCACACAGGGGAGAAGCAGUAGUCUUGCUUACAGUUUGGAAAGAGUUUUACUCAAAUAGACCAGCACAUUCGUACAGCAGAGUGGUAUGGUUUUAGAAAACUAGAAUCUCUGCUUAGCGUUUGGAAACAUUUUGGAAGUCAUCUUAGAUGUCAUCAGCACAUCCAAAUGUCGUGUUACUAUAAAAUAUGGGUCAGUCUUCCGACUAGAGAUAGGAAUCAUCAGGACCAGCCAAUGUCAUAUCACAAUAGGUGCAAUUCCAUUUGUUUUGCGACUAUAUCAUGAUUUUACAAAUAUCCCUAUUCAAUAAUCAAUUUAAAUUUUUUAAUCAAAAGUUUUCAUUACUAUUCUAAACAAACUUUGCAAAUGAUACGCUCCUCACAACAUGGGAUGCUGGGAAUAGUGUAGAGUAGGCCAGAUGGAUUAUAAAGGAAUGGAGACAUUUUGCCACCUCAAUGCAAACAUAAAUAAAUAAAAGUUGUAUUUCUAAAAAAAUAUAUUUGAGUCAGUGUGGAGAUAAACAAAUUGGCAGGCAAAAGAAUCACAAAACAUCACUAAAUAUUUUUUUAAAAAUCUACUUCAAUCAUGCCUUAACAAUACCAGAGUUGUUUGCAUAAUGAUACGUUUGACCUUUUUUUGUUAGUGUAACCUCGUCUGUAACUAGUUACAUCACUUUUGUAUUUCAAAUUGGUAUGGUUUACUAAAUGUAAACAUUAAUUUAAUUUGUUUCACUUUCCUCUGUGUGUUAAACAUACAUUUGAAUUUAAAGCACAGUAUUAAUGUGAAGAUUAGCUUUACUUGGCUAAGUUAACACUUAUUUUAAAAACAUUGUGUUUUCUGUGUGUAUUUCACACUAUAUUAGCAAAUGAGUUUUUAGACUGAUUGUACUUUUAGUCUGUGACUUUUUGACCCAGUACUUAUUUAUUUAUUUAUUUAUUUAUUUAUAGUGAAGUCAAAGGACUUUUGUCUGUUUCUCUGAAUAAAUGCUAAAUGCGGUAAAUGUAAACAAAUGCUAUUGAUUAAACAGGGAACCUACAUCAGUAGGAACACAUUACGUUUUAACAGUUUUAGUUAAUAGUUUUUUUUGUGUGUAUGCUAAAUUCUUUGUUUAUUUAUUGUGUAUAAUGAUGAUUUCAUUUUCUUUAUUGUUUUGAGAAAUAUAGUACUUCCAGCACUGAAAAAAUCUAACAUUAUUGUUUGUAUUUAAUCUUUAAUUGGUAAUGGUGUAGUGAUUAGCCCUGUGCGCUUUGCACCUCCAGGUGCUCCGGUUUCCUUCUCCAGUCCAAAGACAUGCUGAUUAGGUUUAAUGACGUUCCCAAAUUGCCUGUAGUGUGAAUGAUUGUAAGUGUGUGUGCCCUUCAAUGGAUCCACACAUUUACAUUUAGGCAUUUGGCAAACUCUCCAGAGUGACCUACAAAAAUAAACAAAAUAAUGAAAAAAAUGUUGCAAAAAAAGACACUCUGUUGCCCAAAUUUUACUGGGACAGGCUUCAGGCUUCCAUCGACCCUGAACAGGAGAAUGUGGUCUAGAAAAUGAAUGAACGAUGAUUUUUACUCUAAUAUUGUGUUAAUAG